AUGGAUUAUAGCUACUUGUGGUCAUCUUCUCCCGUAUCAACUCCUACGGAAACACCAGCAAAUUACGCAAGCACUCCACUGCCAGAGUUCGAACAAAUGUCAGAGAAGAGAGACUGCCGAUUUCCAGAUCCAGCGCCAAACAUGUACACAGUUGUACAGUCCCAGUGUGCGCCUUCCUUCAGUCUAACACACAGAUGGUCACGAGUGGCAACCCCAGCCCAAAUAACUGCAGACAGUACAUCGACAAAUGGAGCCAUAGACUUGGGUUUUGCGACCAGAGGGCAAACCUUCUCAACAUCUUCCUCGACCUACGAGGAACUGGAACUAAAUCACGAUGACGGGUUCCUUUGCGAUUUUCCAGGCUGUGAAAAGCGCUACGCGAAACGUUCGCUCCUUAGUACUCACAAACGGCUUCAUACAGGUGAAAAACCCUUCCUGUGUCCGUGGGAAGACUGUGGGUGGUGUUUCCGACGUUCCGACGAACUCAAGCGACACUAUCGAAGACAUACUGGAGAAAAGCCCUACGUAUGUCCGCUUUGUGGAAGAUCUUUUAGCCGCUCCGACCAUCGAUCGUCUCAUAUAAAGAAAAUACAUUCACUCAUGUAA